AUGAAGAAGAGGGUUGACAUUUUCGCUCUGAGUAUCUACGGUUUGGUUAUCUUUCCCAAGGCUUUAGGAUAUGUGGAUGAAGCGGUCUCAGAUCUUUUCGAUCGACUUGAUAAAAGAGUCACACCCAUCCCGGCAAUUCUACAAGAAACUUUCAGAUCCUUGAGCGCAUGUCGGAGGGCAGGUAAAAGAAUCGACGACAACAUCCCAACGCCAAGUCAGGAAAAUGCCCAACCAAUAGAGGAGCAUUUACAAAUAGUCCCAUCCGAGUUAGAAAUCAUCAAGCAAGACUUUGAGAAAAGGAGCUCGGAAUUGGGAAAGAAGAUAGAGCGAUUAGAGGAGGAAAAGAUACGGCUAGGAUUAGAUGUCGACAUCCACAAGCUAGAGGCUGAGAAGCUAAGGAAAGGGAAGAAAAAAGCCGAAGAGGACUUGGAUAGUCUGAAGACUGAUUAUAAGAAGCUGCGUAUGUCAGUAAGAACUGCCGGUUUGGGUAAAACGUCGGAUCAGUGGCGUCAAGAAAUUGAAAAAAAAAAGGCUAGAGCCAAAAACUGGGAGAAAAAGUUUCAAGAUGUUCGAGUGCUGGAAGAUGUUUUGAAAAAGAGUUUGUCGGAAAGCCAAAGCGAAAAAGAGAGGUUAAAAGCUCAAAUAGCCGAAUUGGAAAAAUCGCUACAUCUGCAUCGUAGUUGUAACUCUGUAACUGAGUUGAAGGCUAGCCUGAGCAAGAUCGAGGAGUUGAAAGGGAAAAUAGAGGAACUCGAGACGACACUACAAGAUAGCAAAAGUCGAGUGGAAUUCCUUGAGGAAAACAAUGAACAUUACAAAACACAGCUUUACCACUCUCAAAAUCAGAUCAGAAAUAAAGAUUAUGUCAUGGGUGAAGCCGUGGCUCAAGUUAGAGAGAUAGCUGAUCAUUUGCAAACCUUGGCAGUUCAGGCAGAUGUAUUAAGCCUAAAAUAA